AUGACCGGGACGUCGACGUACUUGCUGCUAACUUUGCGAGGUCUGGAAUGUCUCGUGGAAAGCGAGAUCCGCUCCAAGCUCGAGGUCGAACGUCUCGAAAUCUGCAGUGUGCAGGAAAAUGCUCGUCCACCGUAUAUGCAGGUGAUGCAGGGCCAAGCUGCCGUGGGCAAGAUCAUCCUCCAGACGCAGUCGACAGCUGCCGAAGUUCAGAAACUGCAGUCAGUGCAGGCGACGCUCGCUCUGCUCACCAAAAGUGACGACAUUGACACGGAGAGCGAAGCUGGCGUGGAGCAGAUUGGGCACCUGCUUAUGACGUCGGAUUGGGACGCAGCAAUGAAGUUGUGGAAGGCCCAUGUAGGACUUUCGGGAGCCGACAGUGCCAUUACAUUCAGAGGCUCUUGUGUACGGGAUGGCAAGCACGCGUACAAUUCGCAAACCGUUGCGGGUGAAGUCGGGGCGCUCGUGGUGGAGAAGUUCGGGUGGGGCGUGGACUUGACCGCGUUCGACCUCGAAGUCGUUGUUGUCCUCUUCCACAAGUUUAUGGUGGCUGGCCUCGUCUUGGCUGAUCCUCGCAAGGUGCAGUUCCGUAAUCGGUUAGCAAACGAAACGCGCAGUGCGCUAGCAGAUUCGAACUGUGUCUCCACGCUGCGUCCAAGUACGGCCUAUCUCAUGUUGCAGCUUACAGGGCACAAGUAUGGCGAUGUGGUGCUGGAUUCCAUGUGCGGGGUCGGCACGCUUCCAAUCUGUGCGGCCGACUUUACGAACGACAGAGUCUACGCUCUUGGAGGCGAGCUGGAUGAGUUGCCACUGGGGAAGGCUGGUCAGAACGCACGCACGCGAGCACGUCCUGUAGAUAUUGCGCGCUGGGAUAGCACGCGACUGCCUCUUCGAAGUCACAGCAUUGACAGGGUUUUGAUUGACAUGCCGUUCGGUGUUCUCUGCGGCAAUCAUCGCCGGAACAACAGGAUGUAUCCGAAAGUCUUCAAAGAGCUUUUCCGUGUUCUCCGGUCUGAUGGUCGAGCAGUGCUGCUGGUCAUGUCCAAGAAGCUUUUCAAAGGUGCUAUCAAGGAUCUGCCGUUUCGUGUCGUAGCUGAGCACAUGGUUAGUAUUGGAGGUCUGGGCGGUGGCAUUUACGUUCUCGAGCCCGACACGUCCGAGGCAUCUCAAGUGACUGAGUUGAGGACGAACUUGUUGAGUCCACAAGUAGCCAGGAACGUAGUGUCAGAGGUGGUUGAUUUUGCUUAA